GAACCGGUGGCGCAACCGAAGGUCCCAGCGCCUCGACAAGAUGGAGAUCUUGAACCUGCAGUCGAGCUUACAGAACGAGAUCCAGGCCAAACAGCAAAUCAGUGAAGAACUAACGAAGUCCAAGGCCAAUCAAGUCGCGACGGAGAACAAGUUGCAAGAGUACGAAACGGAACUCAGAAAGCUACGCGAAGAACUGAAACAGAUGAAGGACUUUAGGCUUUUAGCUGGUGACAAACACGAAACUAAAAUGAUAGUGACCAACUUCCAGGAACACCCGCACCAGAUGUUCUAUUCAAUGCAGUUUGAGUCGGCCAACGAGAGCGAGGUGGACGAAUCCAGCGAGGAAGCGUCGUCCAUAAACGACUCCCGGACGACCUCCCACACCGACCUGCCCAGCGAGCUCGACCCCGGCCCGUCCAGUUCGGAGACGCAGUCCAUCCGGCUCUACGCCGAACCCGCGUUGGACCCCCUCCUCUGGAGCGCAGACAAGGCCCUCCCCUCGAAAUCUGCCAACCAACCGAAGGGCCACCAGUUCUUGGUCACGACUUUCUCGUCCCUUUCCAAGUGCUCCCAGUGUUUCUCCUUACUGCUCGGGAUCCAGAGACAAGGGGUCACUUGUCAGAGUAAGUACACUUUUCCGAUUUCAUUUCCCUCAGUUUUUAUUAUGUAUUCUUGGCCCGAAGUGUCACGCA